AUGUCAGGUGCAUUUGAAAAUGUUCUUAUCAUCAUUGAAAUUGUAGAAUUCCUGGUAGGUACCUGGGGCCAUGGAUUCAUUGUCUUAGUCAUCUGUGCCGACUGGAUCAAAACCAAGAAAAUCACCUUGCUUGACUUUAUCUUCAUGUGCUUGGCUGUCUCCAGGAUUAGCAUGACAUGCCUGCUUCUCCAAGAUAGUAUCAUCAUGGCUUUCUAUCCAAAAAUGUAUGAAAUCAACCUAGUAGUCGGAAUGACUCUUGGUUUCCUAUGGAGUCUCAACAACUCCUUGAGCAACUGGUGCGUGACCUGCCUAAGUGUCUACUACUUCCUCAAGCUUUCCAAUUUUACCCAUCCCUUCUUUCUCUGGCUGAAGUGGAGAAGAGACAGAGUUCUUUUCACCAUUCUUUUGGGUUUCUUUUUCUCUUUCUUUGCUAAUCUUCUGAGCAUAAAAUGGAAUACUUUUUGGAUCCAUGAAUAUUUAAAAAUGGAAAAAAAUAAGACCUGGAAAGAAUGGCUGUAUAAAAACUCAAGCUUCAGCCAUCAAAUUUUCCUGAACUUGGAUGCCCUCAUCCCAUUUUUUGUGUCGGUCACUUCAUUUUUCCUGUUAAUCUUUUCCUUGUGGAGACAUAUCAGACAGAUGAUGCAUCACACCAAAGAAUCUGGACACCUCAACACAGAGGUUCCUGUGAGGGCCAGAAAUAUGAUGAUUUCUUUCAUCAUUCUCUUAGUGGUGCAUUAUUUGGCCAGUGUCUUGCUAAUAUGGUGCUACAUCAAACUCAACAACUCAGCGAGUAUUCUUAUUGUUGAGAUGGUAGCGUUACUCUAUCCUUCAAUUCACUCUUUCAAUAUAAUUUUGGGGAACAGAAAAGUGAGACAGACUUUCACGAAUCUGCUUAAGCAAAUGGAAUCUUACAUCAAGAGAAUGUAA